AGAGUUGUGCUGAGCUGGCCGUGGCCUCUCUCGGGACACUUGUGGUGGUGCUGGGAAGCACGCCCCGACCGUCCUCCUGCAGCGAUAAUGCCGACCGUGGAUGACAUUCUAGAGCACAUAGGGGAGUUCGACUCCUUCCAGAAACAAGCGUUCUUCCUCCUGUCUCUGCUGUCAGCGUUCUUCGCCCCUGUCUACGUGGGCAUCGUCUUCCUGGGCUUCCUCCCGGACCACCGCUGCCUGAGCCCCGGCGCGGCCGAGCUGAGCCAGCGAUGCGGCUGGAGCCUGGCCGAGGAGCUGAACUUCACGGUGCCCGAGCCCGGGCCGGCGGGCGAGGCCUUCGCUCGCCAGUGCCGCAGCUUUGAGGUGGACUGGAACCAGAGUGGCCUGGGCUGCGUGGACCCUCUGGCCAGCCUGGCUGCCAACAGGAGCCACCUGCCGCUGGGCCCCUGCCGGCAUGGCUGGGUGUAUGACACGCCCGGCUCCUCCAUAGUGACCGAGUUUAACCUGGUGUGUGCCCGCUCCUGGUUGCUGGACCUGUUUCAGUCGGCUGUGAACGCAGGAUUUUUCAUCGGCUCCGUGAGCAUCGGCUACAUAGCAGACAGGUUUGGCCGCGCUCCCUGCCUCUUGGUUACAGUCCUCAUCAACGCCAUAGCUGGAGUUCUCGUGGCCGUUUCUCCGACCUAUGCAUGGACGUUAAUCUUUCGCCUGAUCCAAGGGCUGGUCAGCAAGGCGGGCUGGCUGAUCGGCUACAUCCUGAUUACGGAAUUCAUCGGGCAGAGCUACCGGAGAGCAGUGGGCAUUUUCUACCAAGCCGCCUUCACCGUGGGCCUCCUGGCGCUGGCUGGGGUGGCCUACGCGCUGCCGCACUGGAGGUGGCUGCAGCUGACGGUCACCCUGCCCACCUUCUUCUUCCUGCUCUAUUAUUGGUGCAUCCCUGAGUCCCCGAGGUGGCUAAUCUCCCAGAACAGAAGUGCUAAAGCCCUGAGCGUCCUGAAGCACAUCUCAAGGAAGAACGGCAAACCCAUACCCGCAUCUCUUCAGAACCUGAGCCCUGACGAGGAGGUCAGCGAGAAGCUGAAUCCCAAGCUGAAGCCUUCGUUUCUUGACCUGGUCAGAACCCCACAGAUUAGGAAACACACUCUGAUCUUGAUGUUCAACUGGUUCACGUGCUCGACCCUCUACCAGGGCCUCAUCAUGCACAUGGGCCUGGAAGGGAGCGACAUCUACCUGGACUUCUUCUACUCCUCCCUGAUGGAGUUCCCAGCCGCCUUCCUCAUCAUCCUCACCAUCGACCGCAUCGGUCGCCGUCUUCCGUGGGCUGGGUCAAACCUGGUGGCGGGGGCAGCCUGUCUGGCCUCGGUUUUUAUCCCUGAGGACUUGCACGGGCUAAGAGUCGCGGCCGGGUGCUUGGGUCGAAUGGGCAUCACCAUGGCCUUCCAGAUCGUUUGCCUGGUCAGUGCGGAACUGUACCCCACAUUCAUCAGGAAUCUCGGUGUCCAUGUCACCUCCUCCAUGUGCGACUUUGCGGGCAUCCUCACGCCGUUCUUGGUGUACCGGCUCACCGACCUCUGGCACGAUCUUCCCCUGGUGGUUUUUGCCGUGUUCGGCCUGAUUGCCGGGGGCCUGGUGAUGCUGCUGCCGGAGACCAAGGGGAAGACUCUGCCCGAGACGAUCAGCGAGGUGGAGAACAUGCACAGUCCAAGAAAAAACAAAGAAAAGAAGAUUUACCUCCAGGUUGAAAAACAAGACACUCCACUGCCCUAAGACAGAUCUGCCGUGGUCUGGCUUUGGUAACAUGAGGCAAGAGUCAGCUGACCUGCCUCUUGUCACAAAGCCUAUAAGACUCGACCUCACUUCCUUCUGAGCCCUUUUAACGCAGAUCUGUAACCGAAUGGAGUUUUCUGCGCUACCGGCUAAACUUCGCCUGUGGGACCAAACCCUCCAACCCUGCCAGUUCACUCUCCCCCAGCUUUCCUUGGACAAUGGCCAUUGGUUUGCUGGGAUGCGAAUUCUAUCUCUGUACUUCUUUAUUCUGUUUCCUUCUCCACAAUAAUAUCAAACCAAAACACAUGGGGGAAUUGUGGCCCAGGGAAACAGGAAAGAUCUAAAAAGCAAUGAAACUGAGAGCUGGGAGACUGUUUUCUUAAACAAAUAAAAUAUCCAAAGGAAUAUCAAGCUAUCUAGAACGUAUGUCAAGAACUUUAAAUAGUCUUCUUUUGGUAUCAUAUGUGAAGAAAUUUUAAAAUACAUUGGUAAUUAUCUGAAUUAGACUUUAAGAGAACCUGAAAUACAAGGGUCAGGAAAAACACCCUGAGUAAUCACUGAGUAACCGUGUUCUCUACACUUAGGUUAGAUAGUGCAAUGGUGUGCUUUCUACAGAAGAUCCUGAGAGGAGUUUAAUAAAAAUUGGUGUUGCCCUGGCCGGGUGGCUCAGUCAGUUGGAGCAUUGUCCCCCAACCCAAAAGGUGGCAGAUCCCUGCUCAGGGCACAUGCCUGGGUUGCAAGUUAACGGUUGCAAGUUAACUGAUCUCUCUCUCUCUCUCUCUCUCUCUCCCCCAUUCUUCUCCUUCCCCUCUCUCUCUCAAUGCAAUAAAAAAAAAUGUAUCCUUAGAUGAGAAUAAAAAAAUAAAUAAAAAUUAAAAAAUAAAAAGCGGUGUUCUUGUUGG